UGAAACGAAACACUCAUGCGCAGUUCGUCUCCACGGCCUAGCACGUUGCGUGUAUGUACAUGGUGUGAGGUCUUGGUACGCGUACAGACUUUCUGCAGGUGUCUGGCACUAUACUGUAUAUUGCGCAAUUUAUUUAUUUCCGAUCUUCCAGUGCUUCUAAACAAGGGGGAGCGUUAUGGCGGAACCGGUAGCCGCGAUGUGCGAUCAGCUAAUUAAAGCUGUGAAUGUGAUGAUGGACGCAGAAUCUAGCCAACGAUACCGCCUGGAGGCCCUGAAGUUCUGUGAGGAGUUCAAAGAGAAAUGCCCGUUUUGUGUUCCCUGUGGUCUGCAACUGGCAGAUAAAGCACAAUCGCCAGUCGUCCGACACUUCGGCUUACAAAUAUUGGAACAUGUUAUCAAGUUUCGGUGGAACAACAUGCCACCUCAAGAGAAGGUCCAGUUAAAAAACUGUGCAAUGGGGCUGCUGUCAAACGGCACGCACCCCAUCAUGGAGGAGGAGAGCCACAUAAAAGACGUCCUCUCGCGCAUCAUCGUGGAGAUGAUCAAGAGGGAGUGGCCUCAGCACUGGCCCGACAUGCUGACCGAACUGGAGGCCCUCACCAGUUUGGGGGAGGCGCAGACGGAGCUGGUGAUGCUGAUCCUCCUGCGGCUGGCCGAGGACGUGGUGACCUUCCAGACGCUGCCCUCGCAGCGGCGCAAGGACAUCCAGCAGACCCUCACCCAGAACAUGGAGAGCAUCUUCAGCUUCCUGCUCACCAUCCUGCAGCGCAACGUGGACGAGUACCGCCGGCUGAAACGAGUUCCAAGUCAAGAAUUGAAGGCUAAGGCACACUGUCGGGUGGGCAUGGCCACACUCAACACCCUGGCGGGCUACAUUGAUUGGGUGGCCCUGGUCCACAUCACCCACGAGAACUGCCGCCUGCUGGAGAUGUUAUGCCUGUUGCUAGGGGAACCGGAGCUGCAGCUGGAGGCAGCCGAAUGCCUGCUCAUCGCCGUCAGCAGGAAGGGUAGACUGGAGGACAGGAAGCCUCUUAUGCUGCUGUUUGACGAUGUGGCCAUGCACUACAUUCUGUCCGCCGUGCAGUCAGCAGAUGGGGCUGCAGUCUCUGGCUCACAGUCAGGGGAGAUACCGGGGGUGGUGGAGAGGGACUACACCUUCCUGAAGAGGCUGUGCCAAGUGCUGUGUGCCUUAGGCACUCAGCUCUGCUUCCUGGUGGGCUCCAAUGUUGAGGUGGAAGUCCCUGCCAACCUCAACAAGUACUUGGAAGCAUUCUUGGCCUUCACCACCCACUCCAGCCAGUUUUUAAGGUCUUCCACCCAGAUAACGUGGGGCACCUUGUUCAGACAUGAGGUCUUGUCGAAGGACCCAGUCAUUGUGAAGAUGACCGUCAGGUACUUGAAGGCCACUGUGAACAACCUGGUGAAGACUGGGUUCCCAUCCAAAAAUGACAGCCCAAGCUGUGAGUACUCGCGUGUGGACUUCGACAACAACGAAGACUUCAACUCCUUCUUCAACAGUUUCCGGGCCCAGCAGGGGGAGGUGGUCCGCAGCGCCUGCAAGAUCGUCCCGCUGGAGGCCUUCCAGAUCGCGGGGGAGGGGCUGCAGUUCCAAAUCGCCGCGCCCAUCGACGUGGGCACCACUGUGUCUAAGACGGCAGAGGGCCUGUGUUCGGUCCUUUCCCCGUCCGCGGUGCAGUGGGACGCCAUGACCUUCUUCACCGAAAGCGUGGUGGGACAGCUCUUCAAGACCCUGGACAAGGAGAAGCUUCCUAUCGAGCAGGGCAUCGAGCUCCUGCAGGCCGUGCUCAACUACAACACGCGGGACCCCCUCAUCCUGUCCUGCGUCCUCACCAACGUCUCCUCCCUCUUCCCCUUCGUCACGCACCGGCCGGAAUACCUGCCCCAGGUGCUCUACAAGCUCUUCGGCUCCAUCACGUUUGAAGUGGUAGAAGAGAGCAAGGCCCCCAGGACUCGCUCUGUGAAGAACGUGAGAAGACACGCCUGCUCUUCCAUCAUCAAGAUGUGCAGAGACUACCCACAGUUCAUCCUGCCCUGCUUCGACAUGCUCUACACCCACGUGAAGGGUCUGUUCUCCAACGAGCUGCUGCUGACGCAGAUGGAGAAGUGUGCCCUGAUGGAGGCCCUGGUGCUCAUCAGUAACCAGUUUAAGGACUACGCCAAGCAGCAGGCCUUCCUGGAGGAGCUCAUGGCCCCUGUGUCCUUGCGCUGGCAGUCCGAGGAGACCACCCGCGUGCUUUGGGACCCAGCGCAGUUCCUGGGCUUCGUGGGGGCCGACCAAACGAACAUCGACCCCAUCGCAGAGGACAUGACCGGGAUCAGCAGGUCAAGGAUCAGCUUUUGUGUGUACACCAUUCUGGGGGUAGUGAAGCGGGCUCGCUGGCCUGCUGAUCUGGAGGAAGCCGCGGCCGGAGGAUUUGUGGUGGGGCACACCCCCGCCGGCGCCCCCAUCUUCCGUAACCCCUGCACCACCCAGGUCCUCGCCCUGCUGCCCAACCUGCUGGCCCUCAUCAGGACCCAUAACAACCUCUUCCUGCCAGAGAACAUGGCCCGGCUGAGCGACACCUUCACCAGGGCCUACGAGGUCAUGGACGUGGAGAAGAACCUGGUGCUAGGGCUCCCCCAGCCAGUGCUGGAUAUCUACGACUCCCCCGUGUACAAGACCACCCUGGAGCGCAUGCAGGGCUUUUUCUGCACCCUCUACGACAACUGCUUCCAUAUCCUUGGCAAUGCUGGCCCCUCCCUACAGCAGGACUUUUACACCAUUGAGGGCCUGGCAGAGAAGAUCGUAAACUCCGCCCUGGUCAACCUGGACAACGUCCCCGACCACCGCCUGCGGCCCUUGCUCCGGGUCUUCAUCAAGCAGCUGGUGGUGUCCUGCCCUCAGGAGUAUUACGAGGGCCUGCUCUGUCCGCUGCUCGGACCGCUCUUCGCCUACAUGCUCCAGAGGCUGAGUCAGAGGUGGCAGUUCAUUAACCAGAAAGGCAUUCUGUGCAGCUCAGAUGAUGACGAGGUCUGUGAGGAGAAGCAGGUGACCCAGGAGAUGCUGGAGGAGCAGCUGGUGCGACUGGUGACCCGGGAGGUGAUGGACCUCAUCUCUGUGACCUGCAUAUUGAAAAAGGCUCCCGAACCUGCGGGAAAUAAAGAAGACGUGGAUGAGGAGGAGAUGAUGGCGACUGACUCAUCGCAGGCCACCCAAGGGACGCCCACCUACCCCACCGACGAGCUGACCGAGCUGGGGAAGUGCCUACUGCAGCACGAGGACAUCUACAUGACUCUGCUGACCUUAUCCUUCAACUCGCUGUCCUGGAGGGACACGGGAAAUUGCCACCGCAUGGCCUCCUUAGUGUGCUGGACUCUGCUCCGCCAGGUCGUCGGGGGCAGCCUGCUGCCGGAGGCGGUGACGUGGCUGUACACCAGCGUGCUGAAGGGGCUGCAGAUGCACGGGCAGCACGAGGGCUGCUGUGCCGCUCUGAUGCAGCUGGCCUUCACCAUCUACGAGACCCUGAGGCCGCGGUACUCGGAGCUCCGGACCAUCAUGGGCCAGAUCCCCAACAUCCAGGUGGAGGCGCUGAACCAGUACGACCUGAAGCUGCUGAACCCGCCCCCUCAGAAGGUGGGGGAGAAGAAGAAGAAGGACCAGUUUAAGAGGCUCCUGGCCGGCAUUGUAGGGAAACCCCUGGGGCAGCAGUUUAAGAAGGAAGUCCACAUCCGGAACCUUCCCUCCCUCUUUAAGGUGAAGCCGGACGCGAUGAGGGACGUUCUGGAAAGCAGCGAGGACACGGCGCUGACCUCCCUCUUCACGCCGUCGCAGGAGGGCAUCUAACCGGGACGGCGGCCCAUAGGGGGCGCAGUGACUCCACCCGGAAAUCCCCGGCCCCUUGUCCCCUCAGCUCAGCCCCACCCCACCCGUUCCAGGGCAUAAAAGGGCCUUUUUUAUUUUUUAAAAGGUAGAAUAUUAAUACGCAAGUCCGCCUUUAGAUACGGUUUCCAAAAACUGUGUUAUCCUUGAGAUUCCUCGGGACGUACGGGCUGGGGGGCAGGGGGGCUGUCGUCACCCUCGGAACGUAGUCGGGGCGCAGACGACGACACGCGUAGACGAGCGGCAGACUUAAAAGCGUGUGUCUUUUUUUUAAACGACAAAAAAAAAAAAAAAACCUUGACGCUAAUAUGAUACUUUAUGCGUUACGGUCUGUGGUUGAACCUGAGAAAGUCCGCUCAGCCUUCAGGAGUCACGGUUCGGUUCUCCACCGAAACAACACCGGUCUACAUUCCUCAUUUCCUGUUUCCUGUUUUUUUCAGUGCACAUUCAUCUGUUGCCUUUGUUUUGUUUUUAAAACUGGUUAACUCAACACUAAGAAUUUUUUGUGUACAUGAAACAGAGUAUUCCAGGUGACAUUGUCUUUAUAUAUUUUGCCGUUUUUAAUAAAUGGUAGACGUGAGCGUCUGGAAAGUG